CCUUGGGCCGCGGGGGAAUGGGAGUCCCAGGGCCCUGACUGAGCACCGCCCCCGCCUCCCUGCCGCGACAUGGCUCAGGAGAAGAUGGAGCUGGACCUGGAGCUGCCCGUGGGCACGGGCGCGAGCCCGGCGGAGGGCGGCGGCCCGGGCGGCGGGGGCCUCCGGAGGUCUAACAGCGCCCCCCUAAUCCACGGCCUCAGCGACUCGUCGCCGGUGUUCCAGGCCGAGGCGCCCAGCGCCAGGCGGAACAGCACGACGUUCCCGAGCCGCCACGGCCUGCUGCUCCCGGCCUCGCCGGUCCGAAUGCACAGCAGCCGCCUGCACCAGAUCAAACAAGAAGAGGGCAUGGACCUCAUCAACCGAGAGACGGUCCACGAGCGCGAGGUGCAGACCGCAAUGCAGAUAAGCCACUCCUGGGAGGAAAGUUUCAGCCUGAGUGACAACGACGUGGAGAAAUCCGCCUCCCCAAAGCGCAUCGAUUUCAUUCCGGUGUCUCCAGCACCGUCACCCACCCGGGGAAUCGGGAAGCAGUGCUUUUCACCGUCCUUGCAAAGUUUUGUGAGUAGCAACGGAUUGCCUCCAAGCCCGAUCCCCAGCCCAACCACCCGAUUUACUACCCGGAGAAGCCAGAGCCCCAUCAACUGCAUUAGACCAAGUGUUCUUGGACCAUUGAAAAGAAAAUGUGAAAUGGAAACUGAUUAUCAGCCAAAGAGAUUUUUCCAGGGCAUCACCAACAUGCUUUCUUCUGACGUUGCACAGCUGUCAGACCCCGGAGUGUGUGUUUCUUCAGAUACCCUGGAUGGAAACAGCAGCAGUGCCGGUUCUUCCUGUAACUCACCAGCGAAAGUCAGCACUACCACCGACUCUCCUGUGUCGCCUGCCCAAGCAGCCUCCCCCUUUAUUCCAGUAGAUGAACUUUCGUCCAAGUGAUUCACCCAUCUCGAAUCCCCCUUCCCCAGCGGAGAGACAAAAAAAAAAAAAAAAAAAAAAGAAAGAAAGAAAAGAAAAGAAAAGAAAAAAAAAAUCAAGUUAGAGCAAGCACUGAACUUUGUCGAUUAAGUUGAGGCUGUUUCCUAUUUAACUCUUCCCUCUUUUUGGAAAUUCCUGAAAUGUUAUUCUAGAGAAUUUCUAUGUCAGGUUCCUGCGGACACCCUUGAAUUCAGUGUAGUAAUAUUUUCGGACUUUUUAUCAAUAAGUGUGUUGAAGCAUACAUUUUACGCUGCUAAUAUGUCUAAAUACAUAUGUUAUCCCUUGAUUUUUUAAAUAAUUGAGAGCUCUAUUUAUUUAUGGGAUUAUUAAGUUCUGAUAAAAAUAUAAAUGUUAAAUUUCAGUUUAGUAAACUGUUUUAAAAUUCCAUAGUUCAUGGCACACUAAUUUUUAAUGUUUUCAAUGAAUGCUGUUUUCCAUCUACUGAAGAACUUACCUACUUACAGCUUUUUAAAAAAUGUUAUAUCAGUCCAUUGGUUGUCUAGUUUACCUGGGAGUCCUUGGAUAUUUAAUGUCCUAGGCAGAAAAGUGGAUGAGAAGAGAAAAUGACAAAAGGAGAAAUUAUAACACUUUGCAGCAAAUAUUUUAAAAUUAAGAAGUAUAUAAAAGCAAACAUUUAAGAAGGACAUUUUCUAACUAAAUUUUAAUAGUACCUAUAGUAAGUCACGCUAAUAUAAUUACAAAAAUGAAAAGUUUCUUUUUGAAAACAUUUUUAACCAUAAAGUGCAUUCUUUUGGGUAUAAUCCUAAAUGUGCAAUGGGACAGUGCCUUGUAGUCUUAGUUCACAUUAGACAGACAAAGGCAAGGCUCUCGCUACCAUUUCAAACUUAACAUUUGUAAAAUGUAAAUGUGUGGGAAGCCCUGUUGAGUGUUGGGAGAACUCCCAGACAGACAAUAUUCUCUCAAUCCCUGAUAGACUUUAAGCUAUCCAUUCAUGUCCUGAUUCUUAAAACUCUUGCCAAUGAGAAGCCAGAGCAGCAUUUGGCUGCUUUUCUGCUCUGCCCAUCUGUCACCUUCAUACUUUUCCCUUAAUCAGGAAGGAAGCAGCUGUUUCCUUGCCAACAGGUACUUCCCACCUCCCACCAAGCUGGGGCAUGGUUAGACAAAGGUACCUCUGACAGUGUGAUACAUCUCUGGCUGGGGCCAUGUUAGCAGCAGUGGGAAUGUUAGUUCAGUAAAGCCUGAUGGUGUGCAAGAGAUCAGUGGACAGCCACAUCAAUAAAUCGUACGUAGGCUUUCUUAAAUGUAGAAUUAUGGGGUGCUUUUCUUUUACAAUUAAGAUAAACAGCAAAUGCUUUUUAUAUUAUACUUACUUACAAUACUACUUCUGUCUUAGAUGGAUAAGGCAGACAGAUUGAAUGAAUAACAGACCCAAAGGAAAAGGUUAAAAACAAUACUUUAAGAAAGACCAUGACAAAAAUCCCUUCUUACCUUUUAAAGUUGUCACCUACAGACUUUAACAAGUACGUGGAAUUUUUAUAACCAUGAGAAUAAAUGGAACUGGUCAACUCUUGA